UUCACAAUGGCCAUUCCUAUUUCUCCUGUCGUACGAUAACAACGUACCACAUCACACCUUCGACGUAUUAACGAAAGUACAUUUCCUGGACCCGGAAACGCCAAUUCAGCUGUUCAAGGGAGGUAAUCAUGAGAGAGUUUCCCCCUCAACCCUUUGCGUCUCAUCUUGCGUAACAGAGACAGAAGGAGAUUUGACCCUUCAACCAAACACUAUGUUUAUGAACGGAAAGCCUCAAGCCAUUUAAUUUAGAAUUCUCAAGAAUGUGUCUCUGACUGAAGAUAUGUAUAACGAAGAAAGAAAUAUUUUUCUAAUUAACCUUGCGCUUAAAAAAUGAAAGUAACAAAGACUCAUCAAAUAUAAAAUGUUUUAAACAAGCUUUAACCCACAUAAUGAAUUGUGAAGGAAAAUCUACUGGUGUAACGAACUCUAAGAAACCUUUACCUAAAAGCAAUAUUGGAAGACCUAUAAUGUUUGAUUACCACAAAAAAAAUUUCCCCUUUCAGAGCCAUUUAAAUAAAUAUUUUAAAAACCAUAACACAGAAAAUUCUGGUAAAAAAUGUUUUUUGAAGCCAUUUUUUUAUUCCAAAGGUCUUUCAAAGAAUUUAAAGAUACAUUUCUUAUAUGAAUGCACUUUUUGUCAAAAACUUUUUGCACAUAAUAGCAACCUAAGCAGACACAUGAGGGUACAUUCUGAUGAGAAAUUGUUCCAAUGUAACCUUUGUGAAAAGUCUUUUACAUCAUCAAGUAACUUAGGUACGCAUUUAGGAAAUCAUUCAGGAAGCCACAUGACGAAGAAUCCUUUUAAAUGUGGAUAUUGUAAAAAAAUAUUUACAAAAUCAAAUGAACUUAUCAAACAUAUUGAACUGCACACAAAACAAAAUUCUGAUCAACAAAAGUCAAGCUGUUCGUUGAAAGCUGUUCCUUCGAGUGAAGGUGGAAGAAGCUGCUCAGGUACAAAACAUAUUGAUGAACAGUCAGCAUCGCCCAAAGGUAACUGUAGUUUUGAUCAACAGUAUAAACCCGAUCAUACUUAUUGUUUCAAUGCCAGCCAGGAGUUGAAUGAUGGGAACGAAACGAACCCACUUGCAUUUGGCAACAAAAGUAAGUGCCAUUCGAAUAGCAUUGAGAAAAAUCAGUUACAACCUGAUCAUACAUAUUGGUCACAUGCUAAAAAAUCUCGCCUUUGUAAAAGGAAAGUAAAAUCUUCACAUUCCAGUCAAGAACCGUCGGUGAAUCAAUCUGAUUCUAACAAGCCCAAUAUCGAGUCUGAUCACACGUACAGCUCAGGUUGUAGCACUAACAUGCUUGGUGAUAAGUUACCAUUAGAACCUUCAGCUUGUAACAGUGAACUUGUGCCUGAGAAAAAUGCAAGGAAAUUGAAACCUGACCAUACGUACAGUAUUGGAGUUCAUUGUAGCGAAAAAAAGACAAACGCUCAAGAGGAUUCGUCUUUGCAGCUUGUACACCAUUCUUCUCAUACAGAUAACUGCAGUAAUUCUGGGAGACCCAUACCUCUGAAUACUCAGCAUAACCAAAACUCUCAACCAGUGAGUACACCUCUGAAAAAGUCAAGUAAAAACAAUUGCCUUGAUCAACCAGUUGAAACCACAGUACAUUGUUCAAAUAUUUCUAAACCCGACCACACAUAUUCUCAUAAAAAAGGCAUAAUUUCUAAUAUGAAUAAUUUGAAAACAUUUGGUAAUAGGUCAGUUAAAACAGACUGGGAGAAACUAAGCUUUACACUUCAAGCUGCAAAAGAAAAUCAGCCUUCCUUUGAUCAUACAUAUUGUUUUGAUGCUAAGCUCCAAAAAGAACCCGAUGGAAAAGGUACAGAUCAUACAUACUGCCUAGAAGAAGAUGAUUUUAUUUGCUCACACAAUUGGAAUGCAAACAUGAUGUCUGAUCACACGUAUUGUUUGAUGAAUGCCGUUACACGACACUUUUGAAUGUAGAACCCAUUCCAGGAUUACCCUUGUAGACAUAUAUAAAAAAUGUUAAGGAUAUAUUUUAUUGUUUGACAUGAACUUGAAGUAUAUUUGCUCUUUUAAGGAUCAAAUUUUGCUACGCAAAAAAAAAAAAAUAUUGAAAAUAAAAUCUGGAAUUUUUCAAGUA